UCAAAACGAAUUUUGGUCUUUUGGUGUACGGUUGUUGAACGCGGGUAAUAUUUUAAAGAAUAUUUUCUUAAAAAUCGUCAUCGGAAAUAGUGAUUCAUUGCUUAUAGAUAAAACAAAGCAGAUACUUGUGAUUUCAAGAAAAAAUCUACACUAACAGGGAGCGCCCUAAACUAAAUACAUAUCAGGCAAUAUUAAACUAUUGCACGCGAAAAUAAAGUGUACAGCUGUUGCUGCUAGUGAAUAACAUUUUAAAAUUAGAAACAAAUUGUAUUAUCACAAAUGUGUUUGCGCUAUGUUUUUAUCUAUGUGAAUUAUUAAUUUAAACGCUCACGUUAAUGUGUUUGUUUGCAUUUGGUGUCGAACAGUACUAUCGCGAAUGCAAUAAUAAUUUCAACGAAGAAGAACCUAACGCGUUUCACCACUCAACAUAAACAACGAAGCGUUGCCAUAUAAAUAAAGCUUUUCAACGGAUCUACAAAUUUAUUAACGAUUUCAAUAUUAGCAAAAAACAAGAAUUUAACAAAUCACGAAAAUUACUAUCGCUUGCCAUUCAUUGCCCAUUUUCCAAGUGUGUGUGAAAGUGUCUCUGCGUAAAGUCUAUGUUUAAUACCUGAAAGCGAUGGCUACAGAGCCAUUUUUAGAAGCCGUCAGGACAGCAAUAACAAUUACAACAACAAAAACAGAAGACCCAAAAUGCGUUGCGAAUAAAACGAGAAUAUAUACAAAUACAACAAAUACUUGUAUAAAAACAAUAUCAAAUGUUAUAGUAAAUGCGAAUAUUGCUGCUCGGCAAUGUCGUCGUCGUUGUCACUGUUGUUGUUCUCGCCUGAGACAACGACGAUGUAAUAAUAAAGUCAGCAUUGUGAGCGGAAGUGCCUACAACAACAGGUGUCAUCAGCAACAACAGCAGCCAAGUCGGCAUAUAAUCGCAGCAAGUAGUUGUAGUUGCUGCCAUGGAAUUUCUCAUUAUUCUCAUCAGAGCAGUAAGAGAGUUAGUAGUGGUGGCCGCAUCGUCAAUUGGUUAUUGCUUUUAUCGCUCUUAAUUACCUGUUUUAUUGGUGAUAGUCUACAAAUUAAAAAUGGUAAGCGUUUACAAUAUUUACUAUAUUUUGGCGUUGUGCCCGGUAAGUGAUUUAAUGCGCGUAAAAAAUACAAAUUAAAAAAAUUAAGAAAAAAGUAAAAAAAAAAAUGUCGCCGAUGGGGUCCUUUGAGUGGCAUUUUUAAUUUAGAGAACAAGGAAAAGUCACAUCACCGGUCAAAGUACUGCAAAAUCUAACAAAAGAUCGCAGCCGAUAUUGCUUGGGUUUAAAUUGUGCCAAAUCAGUUGAUACCACGCCAUUCACAAGAACUAAAAGGUAGCACCCUAUAAGAAGAUUCAUAAUUUUUUGCAAUAUGGCGUCGUACGUCAAUCAUAUUUGACGCUUGGGAACUAGACAACUGCAAUAUAUAACUAUCACUAAAGAUAAUAUUUUUUAUUUAGUAAAAAGGUUAAA